CGUCGUAUACUUCACAUAGAAGAAACCCCCCAAAACCCGACAAAACUCUCCACCUUUAUACACACACACACUCUUCGCCCGCAUUACAACAACACGCAUACACACGCGCCAUCGAUAUUUUUCGAUAGAACAAUAUGUCGAAAGAGCUUCAAUACUUACAGUACACGUACCGAAACAACCGUCCAACGACGAGCCUUCUCAACUCCGUCUUUAUGACCACCGUGAACGCGGCGGCUCGAACGCUCGUCUCUGUCGCUUCAACGUCCAGACCCGAGACAUCGGAACGCUGGUCGGCUUCCGACCACCUCAGGUUCAUGGCCAUGAUGAUGACGUGGCUCACCGUUUGGGUGCUUAGGGUUUUGAUGGACCAUUUGCCCCUCUCUCUAACUUCUUCUUCUUCUUCUUCUUCUACUAUGGAUCUUAUUAUGGACAAAACCGCGUCGUUUUACCAUCCGUCUUCGCCGUUAGCCUUGACGGAGUUCUCGGGUUUCGGUUUGGCGUCAACGUCGACGGCGUUAGUGACGUUACCGGGGUCGUCAUCGGAUUUGGAUUUGGUGAUUGACGGUGACGGCGUUGACGAGCCUUACGUUAGGUCGCUUGAGCGAGCGCUUUCUCAUGUACUAGGGCUAAUGAACGAGAUCCCAGCAACCUCAGGAAAAUACCAGUUUGCCAUGGCAAUGGCGGAGAAGAUCAUGGAAGAGAAUGCCAGAAGCCACCACGUGGCACUCCUCAACGUCAAUCGGAGGGCUCUCGCUUCCUCUUUCGCCCGUACCUCGGCCCGUCUACAAGCCUGCCUCGACCGCUCUCAGGCCGACGAGCCCUUCUCGUGGCCGCUCCGUGCGGUCAGUGUCCUCCCGCUCGGAGGCUACGUCGCGUCCUACGUGAGAGGGAUUCGCACGUGCGUCAGCACAGUCAUGUCGCUGGCCGAUAUGACGGGAAAUUGGCUUACUUCUUCGUCAAGAAAGAGGAGGGAUGGGGUCGGGGGAGAGGGUUUAGGGUUUUGUGAGAAUGAGGCUGAUGUGGCGGCUGAGAAGUUAGCGGAGGAGCUUUUGUGGGUGACGGAGAAGAUGAUGGUUUACGGUGCGGUGGAGGAGGGGAUGUUGAGAUGGAGUUAUGCCUCUGGUUUGGCUUCCUUGUCUCUCACGGCAACUCCUAGGGUUCAAGGCCUCUUGGUUAAGAUUUCAGCACUUCUGGUCGUGGACCUAGCAAGAGACAUAACUCAAGUCCCAGGACAAGUGAAGUUCCGGCUACUCGGUCACCCGCAACCGCUCUUCAGCCACGCGCGGAACGGCCUCACCUUUCCCGUUCUCACGGGUUUCGAGAAGGUUAAGGUCGAGAGAGCUAUAGAUCAGACACUCUCGACUUUGCCUUCCCUCGACCAGGAAGUCUUGCUCAGCAACUGGCUCCAAGAUUUCUCGGUCUCGGCCUCGGAAUGGCCGAAUCUUCAGCCUGCGUACGAGCGUUGGUGCAACUCUACUCGUCAACGUUUUAUGUAGAAACCGAAAUUAGAAUGGCUCGAAGAAGAAUAAGGAAUGGUUUUAUGAUAUGAGAGUUUAUACGCUAUCAUAGAUUGGAGAUCAGACCGAAUAUCAGAUAUGUUUGUUUACUUAUUUGGUGUCAAUUUAAAUUAAGGUCAUCUAUAGAUUCAUUUAUCCAUGCGUCAAUGAAUGAUGAAGGUGGCAGAGUAUCAGACAGAA